UAAAUUAAGUAAUUGCGCUCAAGUUGGGGGUGCCCGAUUAGGAGUUACAUACGUUGAACCCAGCGCCAAACAUAACAUAACAUAUGUAUGUACAUACAUAAGUACAUACAUACAAUGUACAUGUAUACAAUGACUUGCAACAACAAUAUCAAGCACGUUCGCCGCAGGCUGCGCAUUUAACACAUUUGUCGAUUUAUUUAUAAAAUAUGACAAUAUGGAGACAAACCAAUAUUAUUGCCAAAGUGGAACUCAGCAGAGUUUAUCUUCAUCAUCAAUUUGUCAACAGCCCUUAAAUAAAAUGUGCUAUGAAAGCAAUGUUGCUCAAGAAUACGCCGCUUGUACUUCAAAUCAUUUGGAAUCGGGAUUCAAUUCAAGGGGUAUGCCUUUAAGAAAUGGAAACAUUAAAUCUCAAAUAGGAAAUCGGAGCACCGAAAGCCCUUAUGUAUUUUCUAACUGUAAUAACAGUAGUCAAUGUACUAAUAAUACGAGUAACACUGGAAAUUAUAUAAAUAUAAUGACUGUACCAUUGGGCACGUUGCAAUAUAAUCGCAAGAAGUCAUCGUCCCAGGAUUACCACUCACGCGUGUAUUACAACACCACGGAUGGCAAGUGUCGUGACAAUUACUAUGUAGGAAAUAAUGUGAAAUGCAGUAAUGAAAAUACUGUGCCCUCUCACCAUCAAAUGUCACAGCCAAUACAAAAUUAUCAACACAUUCAACAUCAACUGCAACACAUCAAUCAAAAUUCUAACAACCAUCUUAUGCAAAAUAACCAACAAACGAUCGCAUGCAGUCCAAGUUCAGUCUUAGACACUGUUGAUGAUUCGGUUGACUGUACAAUGUUUUCAAAUCCGAAUGGUAGUGGGCGCGUUGUGGCCGCGACCCAAACGCAUAUAAGCAAUGCAAAUUUGACCGCAUGUGACCUAAUAGGGUCACAAACGCCAGAAUCUCUGGUUUCCGUAAAUGCACCUGUUCCACCUGUCAUGUAUACUGUACAUCGUGUGGUGACAACAGCUCAAAUUCAGACAGCUGUGGGAAGUGCAUUUGCAUCUUCCGCGAGCGUAUCUAGCGUUGUUAGUGCAAGUCGAAAUGAGAAUGACUGUUUGGCAUCAGCACAAAUUAAUUCAGCGAUGUCCAUGCCAAAUAAUGAUACUUGUCAAAGUAGUCUGCAUAUUUCAGACAUAAGCGGCAAUAUCAUAAAUAACAUCAAUUUGCUUGGACCAAUGACGGGAGUUCGAAGUGCAUCCGGGAUUCCUACAAAUUACUUACCAGUUCAACAAAAAUGCACUAACAGCAAUGACGUUCAACAAAAUCCAGCAUUAUCAAAACGAAUGCUUGGGGGUAACUCCUCUUCUACCUACACAAGUGCAGGAAAAUCGAAUUCAGUAGUCACCCGCACUCUACUAAAUGUUAUUCCGACUUGCGUAUAUUUGAUGUCAAGAGUUGCUGUGCAUAUGGAAAUCGAGGGUACAGCGCAUUGUCCUUCCCAAGUAAUGCUGGCAGCUGCACUGGGAUGCGAGGAAUUAGGAAUUUCUAACAAGUUGUUAGCUCAAAGUAUUUUUGGACUAUGGAUGACUAGUAGUUUAUUGGAAAUGCAGUUGAAAUCACAUCAUUGUCCAUAUAUUGUGCGAGUAGCUUGGCCAAACUUGCUCGAAAAGUAUAGCUGUGGAAAUCCAAUUGAACAAAAAUAUGAUGAACCUAUGAUAGUUUUAAAGAGGAAUGUAUUUUUUUCUAAGCGGGAUGAAGAAAAAAUCAAGGAUCACCGAAUUGUUGAGCUUUUGUACGAAGAGGCAAAGCAUUGCGUCUUAACUGGAAGAUAUAUUAUGGAGCCGGUGCAUUCGCUAAUGCUAGGUGGUAUUCAAGCUAGAAUUGAGCUGGGUCCAUACAACUCUCUCACGCACACUGUGGGUUUUUUUAGAGAAAAUCAGUCAAGAUUCUUACCCAAACAUGUUGCCAAAAGCUCAAAUUGGUUGUGGCUGCCAAUAAGUCAAAAGAACUCUGCAGAAAUUAAACUUUUAGAACAAUUCAAGCGAGUGCCACAGACUGCCACCACUCGGAAACUAAUGCGAAAAUAUUUGGAGUUUUGCUGGGCAUUGCCAUUUUAUGGUGCAGCAUUUUUUCAUGGACAAAUGGAACAACCUGUAAGAGGUAUUAUGUCUUUAGUCAACAAUAAGGAUAUGGAGGUAUUAAUUGCUGUAAACGAGAGAGGAGUUUUUAUAAUAGACUGCUUUGAAAACACGCUAUUAUUGGGACUUCGAUAUGAAGAUAUGUCAUGGGACUAUGCUAAACCAAGCGCUAGUGAGGAUUCAGAAUGUCUCACAUGCAUAUUUUUACAGUUUGACGCUGUUGAAAAUGGAAUACAAAUAUCUAAAUUAGUACAACUGUUUUCUAAGGAAGCUGCUAUGAUUGACGCUCUUAUUUCUCACUUCACGGAGCAAAUGCGAAAAAAGAAACAAGAGGGAAAUCCUGCUGAACAAUAUCAUGAUGAACCAAACCCUAUUCAAAACAAUGGCAACGGAGUAUUAUGCAAUAAGCUGUCUCGAUUGACCUUAGCCAGCUUCGAUGAAGAGGGACGCUGUAUUGGCCAAAUGGGAUCAUUAUCUAUAAGCUAUUAACAUCUGUUGAUAUUUUUAUAAAUUUGUUUAAAUUAAGGAAAUAAAAAGAUUUACAUAUGUAUGAAAAUUAAAUUUAGAAUUACUAGUAAA